AUGGAUCGGUCAUCGAAGAUCACCGGCAAGAAUCGAGGAGGAGGCGUGUGCUUCUAUGUGAACGAAAGGCGCCUAGAGCGGGAACAAAGGACAGUGAAAAUCUGGUCAGAGGCCAGUAACUCCUCCAUCCAGGCUUGCUUUGAGUAUUCCUGUGAACUCACACUCGACACAAACACGGCGAACAGAAAACUCAAACUGUCUGAAAACAACAGGAAGGUGACAUUUGUGGAAGAGGAUCAGCCAUAUCCUGAUCAUCCAGAGAGGUUUGACUCCUGGUAUCCUCAGCUGCUGUGUAGAGAUGGUCUGACUGGUCGCUGUUACUGGGAGGUUGAGAGGAAACGAGGGGUUUCUAUAUCAGUGAGUUACGGAGGAAUCAGGAGGAGAGGAGGCAAUAACGAAUGUGUGUUUGGAUAUAAUGAUCAGUCCUGGAGUCUGAUCUGCUCUGAAGUUGGUUACUCUGUCAGGCACAGUAACAGAGGACCAUCCAUCUCCUCCUCCUCUGUCUCUGGUAGAGUAGCAGUGUAUGUGGACUGUCCUGCUGGCUUUCUGUCCUUCUACACAGUCUCCUCUGACUCACUGAUCCACCUCCAUACCUUCAACACCACAUUCACUCAGCCUCUCUAUCCUGGGUUUGGGUUACUAUCAUAUGGUUCCUCAGUGUCUCUGUAUCCUGUGUAGGAUGGAGAAUCUCCUCCUGUCAGGGAACCAGACAGUUGAGUCUGAUCAGGAUCAUCAGCUGAUGUUAGUGAGGAGAAUGUGGGUAUCACCAAUGAUUUCCUGAAUGGAUUAGUCUGCUCCAAACAGCUAAAUGAAAUGUAAUGCUCUUCAUCAUCGUCUCUAAAAGCUGCAUUCAGCAACGACCUUGCUGGUUAUCUGACAGCUUUAGUUCCUUUACACAUUCAGAUUAUUAAAAGUAAAUACAAUCAGAUAAUAAAUGAUGAUAUAUUAUUACAGAUUACUAGCUGCAACAUUAAAGUUAUCAGUCGUUAGAAACCAGUAAUAUCAUACUGAUUAUUCUGCAGAAUGACCACUUUUACUUUUGAUUCUUUUGUACUUUUACUUAUAUCUACACCGUGGUAUCAGUACUUUAACUUGAGUACUUUCUGGUAUAUUUUACAUUCUUAUUUUUUAUUAUGAUAUAAUAUUUUUAUCUUAUUAUAAUUCUAAGAGUCAGUCAGUUGUUGUUGUUAGUAAACCUCCAUACAGAUCUGUUCCAGUAAUCUCCAGGUUUAUUUUCUCCCCUGAGUGAAUCUGAUUGGCUGGAGACGUUUGAACUAAAUAUAUUGAAUAUAAAGUUAUAAACAAUGUUUGAGGGGAACGUUAAUCUCUAAAAGACAGACAGAGAGACAGACAGGCAGGGAGACAGACAGACAGACAGACACACACACACACGCACACACACAGAGACAGACAGGCAGACAGACAUGCAGACAGAAAGGCAGACAGACAGACAAAAAGAAAGACAGACAGACAGACAGACAGAUGGACAGACAGUUUUAUUUAUGGUAAACUAAAACUCAAUAACAUGAAAUUAAACCUAAUUUAAGUGUAAAAUAUGUAGACAUUAUGAAUAAUGUAGACUAUAGUUUAGAGGAUGGAAUAGUUGUAAGUUUCUGAAUGAUAUAUUUAAAUAUGUGAAAUAAAUGUUCUUUUGUUUUCUUUAUUGGAAGCUUUUUAUUAAUUUAAUAAACC